AUGUCCCGAACAAUCUACCUCGCCGAAUUCUCCAACGGGCCACGGCCAGCGCAUCAAUCUGUCUUCAUGCCGACAGGCAACGCAGGCACGAAAGGCAAAUUGAUUCACGUCGACGGGAACCCAGCCCUCGGAUUCUCGCUUGAAUUCCUCCGCAACUUCGACUAUGCCGACUUUCCAACGCCGUACUGGAUCAGUGAGUUGGGUGCGGUUGAUGCUCGAUUUGUGACGGACACCCCCGGGAAUGGGCAGCUCUCCAAGGAUGCCGUCGCCCGCGAUCAACUUGAAUCUGUGGCGACCCUGGUAGCGCCUCCAGGACGUAGUCUGAACCCGUUCGAUCCUGCUCUCAAAUCCGGCCUCAGCGCCGAUACUGUCAAGGACCUGUGUACGCGUAUGCUGUCCCUCAAAGACAAAUGUGUCCAUCCUACCUCCCAGAAGCCGUAUAUCCUGUCCGCAUCAGGAGGAGCAGAUAACUCGCCCGAAGGGAUGCAGAACGGUAUCACCCAUGCCUUUGUAGUUGAAUUCGCCAGUGAAGAGGAUAGAAAGUACUACCUCGAGAAGGACCCCGCGCACCUGGAGUUUGUGGGCAGCUUGAAGGAUGUGAUUGAGAAGGUGCAGGUUGUUGACUUCACCGGUGGUGUAUUUUGA